UGCUUUUGCUACAGUUUUUACCGCACGACUGGAAGCUCUUGCGGCCCGGCUAGAUGCUCUUACGGCACGGCUGGACGCAGCGCAGCCCUGACGGAAAUUGGGCAGAUGCGUAAGGGACAGCGUUCAUCAUUUAUCAUCAACGUGAUUUGGGAUGCGGUAUGCUCAGCGUCGGGGGAGGCAGUGAUGCUAUUGUCAAUUAGAGGAUGGCGAAUACCGCGUUUGCGGAUCAAGAAUCAUCGCGAUUGGCAACGCCGAGGCACGGGGAUGUCAUUCUCAAUGUUGCAACCCAGUCAGCUCGGCUGCCGUAUAAUGCUAAUAACCAACCGACCAAGUUCCGUACUCCAGUCCAUCCCUGAUGGGGAAGUCUAAAAUGAGUGUUUAGUGAUACAAGUUGUGUCAUUUUUCCCCAGUGCACCUUCUGGUGGGUGCACGAUUCUAAACCGAGUCUGCUCGCCUGAAACAUGGGCUUUCAAAC